AUGCCUUCUUGUGUCCAUACCUCCAUAGGUGAUCCAGACAGACGCAGAACCAAGAUGUAUAAGUUGGCGGUGAUGGGCACCUGUUGUGUGGGCAAGAGUGCACUGACCAUGCAGUUUACCAAGAAUCAUUUUGUGACGGAGUAUAACCCCACCUUCCAAGAUUUCUACCGUAAGCACACAGUGGUGGACAAAGAGCGGUGCCAGCUGGACAUCGUGGAUACCACAAGUACUGAAGCAUUUUAUUGUCUGAGGGACCAGGCUAUGCACUGGGGAGAGGGAUUCCUCUUGGUCUAUUCAGUGAAUGACCCCAACUCUUUUGAGAAUGUGAAUGUCCUCUGGGACCAUCUGCAAAAGCUCAAGGGCACCAAGCGUGUACCUGUGGUGUUGGUGGCCAACAAAGUCGAUGUGAACGACAGGCUGGUGGACCCCACAGUGGGCCAGGAGGUGGCCAAGAAGUUAGGGGCCCCUUAUGUGGAGACAUCAGCCAAGAGUGAGGAAGGAGUGGAGCAAGCCUUCCAUGAGCUGGUUCGAGAAAUUCGUAGAAUCCGAGCUGAGGAAGAGCUUAAGAGACUCUCUAAUACUAAGCACAGGAAGGUCUGUAGAUGCAAGUGUUGCACCAUCCAGUGA